UCUUUCCGUGGUGGCAGCUUGUCUCGGACGGACUCAGGAUGACAGCUGAACGGCUCCUAAAGGUGCAGAAGCUCCGUCCGUAGCACCAACAACAAGCACACACAUUUCUACGGAGAGCAGCGACACAUUUCUCCUUUUUUUCUUUCACCGCCGACCGGUGUUUGAGCUCACCGGAAGACGGUAAAAAAGAACAAAGAAAAAACCUUCGCGGAUAAAUUUCUGUCCUUUCACAGCAAAGAGAGAGAAAAAGAUCCGGAUGUGCCAGCAGUAUUUUUUUUUUCGCAUGGCGUAGACACCUUUUCUAAAGCAGAAUAUUGUUGAUGUUCGAAGGGUCGAAGGAGGCCCUCGGGUCGACAUUUAACUUGUGAAAUUAGCGACUUGUGAGGGGAAUAAUCAGCGAGAUGGUUGUGCAAUAAGAGAAGGAGAGGCUCCGUCCUGGCUGAGGAGAGUCACCGGGAAUAAAUUGUUUCUGCUCCAAAAGAGGACAAGGACGCGUUUUUUUCCUCCACGGCUCCAGGGAGCUUCUUCUUUUUUUAUUAUUAUUUUUCUAUUACAAGGACGAGGAAAAACAAGGAUAUCUGAGAGCGAGUGUGUGUGAAAAAGCUUCACCAUGACGAGCAGCACCCCAGCGGACAUGAUAAACCUGCGGCUUAUUUUAGUCAGCGGGAAGACGAAAGAAUUCCUCUUCUCUCCCAACGACUCGGCAGCAGACAUCGCAAAACAUGUUUAUGACAACUGGCCGAUGGACUGGGAGGAAGAGCAGGUCAGCAGUCCUAACAUCCUGAGGCUGAUCUACCAGGGACGUUUUCUACACGGCAACGUAACACUAGGAGCUCUCAAACUGCCCUUGGGGAAGACCACAGUGAUGCAUUUAGUUGCCAGAGAGACUUUGCCUGAGCCAAAUUCCCAAGGUCAGAGGAAUAGAGAGAAGACCGGGGAGAGUAACUGCUGUGUCAUUCUGUAAAUACACACCUCCGCCACCAGCCUGCCAUCCUCAUCUGUUCUCACCCUCAAUGUCCUGGACCUAAUGAGCUUGUCCCCUGUCCCGGAGCCUGUCCACGAUGCAGAUACGCGUACAAACACACACACACUUUUGCUUCCCCCCGCUCCACUGAUCUCACACGAUCACACAGACGUAGAAAGGCAGCAGGCUCAGGCUGAUCCAGGACAGAGUUGGGGAGCAGUAAAAUUGAUUAACGAUAGAGUUGAUUCCUUUGUUGUACUUGAUUUGUUGUCAUAACUGAAAAUUAGAGCAAGGAACUGGAUUUGCAUGUGUUUUUCUUUCUUUCUUUCUUUCUUAAUGCACACCUUUUUAAGCCUUCUGCAACACACACACACACACAGUAGACAUCCUCACGUUGUCUAGCCAUCCUCAGCCGGCCUGUUAAAAGUCAGUCUCAAACUGGCUCCUCAUUCUUGCUGGUCGUCAUUGUAAUGCAGUGCCCAAGUUUGUGUGUGUGGCCUUGUUUUCUCAUACAGACCGCUGAGAAUUUUAACCACUAACAACUCACCAACAUACCGACACACACAUGCAUACUGCGACACCCCGUCUACACAUCCGACCGUGUGCGUUUGUGUUGAUAUCCCUCAGUGCAGCAGACGAAGCGUAGACGUGCCUGAUCACGACAGCUCAAACCGGGACACACUCACACUCACCUGUGUGUCCUUUUUACUGCCCAACUCUGCAUGUGCCCUUAAAGGUCGCAGGAGAGAAAUUAUUCCUUUUUUUGUCUGCGGAGCUCUGUAGAGACCAAACAUAUCCCUCUCUCUCAGUCCGUCGUAUUUUAGCCAAACAAAGCCUAACAAGCAAACAAGUAGACAAACAGCCAGUGUUGGUGGUCUUGUUCUGGAUAUUUGUUUGCCCAUGACUUUUGCGACUGUAUUUUGACAGUCCAUGGAUAUUACUGACCGACUAGUGUUGUGAUUAAUAAACCGUCAUGUCAGUUUUCCUCCCUGAUGCACCGUCCCUGCCCCUUUUCUAACAGUGUUGUGAAGGAUCUCUCUGACAGUUGCUGUGUAAGCAGGGAUAUUAACUCAGAAUGAAAUAUUCCUUUUCUGUCUUAAUUUGCUUCUUACGCGCUCCUUAAUUCUCGUUCUGCAUUAAUAAGUCCAUUUUGCACAACUGAAGCAUGUGCUCCUUCAUCAGAUUAAUAAAAAGUGUAUAAAAAGUUUUAUUGUUUUAUUUUAUAUUUUUCCAAUGGAAGUAAUGUUCCAAACUAAGGUAACAUGUGUAGAAUAUAUUUAAUAUGAAUCGUAUAUAGAACAUGAUGACUUUAGAUCUUGGUGAUAUACAUUAUAUUGGUGUUUAGUCUAUGAUUGUGUAUACGGUUAGCUUCUAGCCAGUUCACAGUCACUCGCUGACAAUGUCUUGUGCUUAACAGCAGCAAAUCCUCCCUAAUCACUGAUGGACUGAUGGGUUUUUAUUUUCUUUCUUCUGUGCUCUUUUAUUAUUAUUGUUUUCCAUUUGUUUAUAAUUUAAUGUAAUCCUUUUUCUUUGUGGUUUUUUGCUUUAAAGAAUCGCUUUAUAACAGCACUAGGUCUUAAAAAAAUAUUGUUUAUAUUGAUCAGGGUUCAAAUCUGUACAGAGAUAAACGUUUUCAAACCAAUUGUAUAUAGCACUAAUGCUCCCUCUCCCCACUCCAAACUUCAAAAUGGAAUACAUCUGUAAACUAAAUAAAGGUUAUUGAAGUGCGCUA